UAGAAAUCGAACAGGGAAAAAGCGAGUUCUCACAUAAUUUAACGAAUUUCGUUGUAGUCGACGAAAUUUCAUUGUGAUAACAUUAUGGUUGCAGAAUAACGUUAUCUGUUCUAUUUCGAGGCGCCCCAAAAAAUUAUUGGCAAAAUGGAGAUGCGAAGUGUUGAAAUUGAAGAAACGAAUCACGUGGGUUCGAAAAAUGCAAAGGAAAAAACUACUUUUCAACACAUUAAAACUUAUUUGAAAGAGUAUUGUGAUGUAUCGAGCAUACAAGGACUUUCUUAUUUGACGAAGGAUGAUAAUUCUCUCUUCGAAAGGUGCUGGUGGACCGUAGUUUUCUUAUGCUGCUUGAGUGGGUGUACAUAUAUGAUUUAUGAAGUCUGCAAGAAAUGGGUAGAAACCCCCGUCCUCGUGUCUCUGGCCACCAAAGAUACUCCCAUACACAAAGUGCCAUUUCCUGCUGUCACAAUAUGUCCGGAAUCAAAAAUAUCUAGGUCUUGCGUGAACUACUCGAAAGUUUUAAGGCUGAGGAAAGCAGGAAGGGGUGACGAAGUAUCUCCUUUAGAAAAUGAAUACUUCGACAACAUGGCUCUCCUAUGUAGGGCAAGCAACUAUGGCAAUUCAUCGGAUAACGAUCCCUUGGACGACUAUUCUGAUUUUCUGGACAAGUGCAAAAGCGUCACCUUGGAAAAUUCACAUUGCAAAUUCGGUGAGAAAAUCAUGCCAUGCGACAAAUUAUUGCAACCCAUAAUAACCGAUGAAGGUCUAUGUUACACCUUCAAUAUGUUCGAUGUCAGAGACAUUUACAGUGACUUGAAUCGUAUGAAAUAUUUUUCCUCCAAUGUUCCUCCGGCGAAUUGGGAUGUGGACGACGGAUAUCCUGAUGACGUCCCAACAAGCAGGGAUUAUCCUGUUCGUGUCCUUGGCAGUGGCAAUAAAAACUCACUGGUGGUUGUCCUGCUAACAAAGAAAACGAAUGUGUAUUAUUCAUGCAGGGAUUUUUCCCUUCAGGGUAUGAGGGUCACCCUACACAUGCCUGCAAGAAUUCCAAGACCCAAUCAAGUUUUCUUUCCUGUUGGUCUCAAUGAAUUGGUAUAUGCUCAAGUAACACCCACACUAAUGGGAACUACACCAAAAAUAAGAGAUUAUGGACCACAUAAGAGAAAUUGCUUUUUUGGAAAGGAGAGAAAGCUGAGAUAUUUUAAGCUAUACACCCAAUCGAACUGCAACUUAGAAUGCUGGACCAACUACACAAUUCAAGAAUGCGGAUGCGUUCAUUUUUAUAUGCCGCGAGAUGCCAGAACAAGUAUUUGUCCCAUAUCGAAAAGAAGCUGUCUUCAAACUGCUGCAGAGACUUAUGCAGUAUCUGAUUUUCCACAACAGUACCAUCAGGGUAAACAAUCGAAAGGAAACCUGACAGCCGAUUGCGAUUGUCUUCCGAUAUGUUCAGAUCUCAAUUACAACGCAGAAACGUCGAGAGGAAAAUGGAAUUGGGAUGAUCCCAACGGAGCUAAUGUUGGAGACUUGAAAAAAUAUUUUGUUGAUCACUAUGCCUCAGCAGUGAAGAUCAAUUUCAAAAGCACAUUUUUCCUACCAACCGAGAAGAGUGAAUUAUAUGGAAUUGUAGAUUUCCUCUCAAAUACUGGAGGUAUCCUUGGACUUUUCACCGGAUUCUCUCUAGUUUCUUUGGUUGAAAUUAUCUACUUCAUGUCUAUAAAGUUGAUUGCGAAUUAUAAAAAAUAUGGGUACUGGGCUGGUCGAAGGGAUUUAAUUGAUAAUUAA